GCGCGCGCCGCUGAUUCGCUGAGAGGCAGCUCAGUUUAAAUCCUGCGAACACCAUGGCAGAACCGGGCGUGCGGCUUUACCGGGACCUUCCCAAAGUGGAACUCCACGCACACUUGAAUGGAUCCAUAAGUUCUGCAACCAUGAAGAAGCUGGUAGCCAAAAAACCACAUUUGCAGAUCCAGAAUGGGAUGACAAUGAUAGACAAAGGCCAGAAAAGGACUCUAGAAGAAUGUUUUGAAAUGUUUCGCAUUAUUCACCAAAUUACAGAUACGGCAGAAGACAUAUUAUUGGUAACUAAAGAUGUCAUCAAAGAGUUUGCCGAUGAUGGUGUUAAAUAUUUAGAAUUACGAAGCACCCCUAGAGAGUCUCCCACAGGUAUGACCAAAAGGAUGUACGUGGAGACUGUACUUGAAGGUAUCAAGCAAUGCAAAGAAGAGGAACUUGACAUUGAUGUCAGGUUCCUAAUGGCGAUUGAUAGACGAGGGGGCUCUACAGUUGCCAUGGAGACUGUUAAACUUGCUGAAGAAUUUUUCCAUUCCACUGAUGAUCUCGUUCUUGGUUUGGAUCUCAGCGGUGACCCAACUGUAGGGCACGGUAAGGAUUUCAUCGAUCCACUCAGUGAAGCUAAAAGAUCCGGGCUCAAAUUGGCUCUUCAUCUAUCAGAGAUACCCAGUCAGCAGGAGGAGACCGCGCUUCUGCUCACCAUUCCCCCAGACCGAAUCGGACACGGAACGUUUAUGAAUAACUCGCCUGACAUAGUAGAGACGGUGAAACAAAAGCAGAUACCUUUAGAGCUCUGCUUGACUUCCAAUAUUAAAGGACAGACCGUUCCUUCAUUCGACAAGCAUCAUUUUGGAUUUUGGUACAGCUUGGGUCACCCUUCAGUGCUCUGUACCGAUGACAAAGGCGUAUUCGCGACCGAUCUUUCACUGGAGUACCAAGUGGCAGCCAAUACUUUCAACUUGAAUUCCCAGCAAAUAUGGGAUCUUUCAGAACAAGCCAUCAAUUACAUUUUUGCAUCUGAGAGUAUAAAGUCAAACUUAAAGGAAAAGUGGACGAAGCUAAAACGAGGGCUUUUGGAAGAAGAUGCGUGAUAUGUAGCUGGAAGAAAGGACGUCUCGGCUUAAAGCUGAACACCGUCCCGGCCAUAGCUAUAACCUGGUAGCUUGCAAGUAGUAAAAUAUUACAUGAUAUGUCUGUGUGUCAUAGAGCCUACGUCUAUAUCAGCAGACAAAUAGUUUUUAUGAAGAUUGUACAGCACACAGAAGCUUUAAAUAUAUUUUACUAGGAAAAAAGUUUUUUUCUUUUAAGGUCAUUUGUGUUCUUAAUGUGUCACUAAUGAUGAAUGAAAAUCAUGUAGUAGACUGCAUAUUUAUUAACAAUAAUGUAUCUCUGUCCUAGUCUGCUAAUUCUAGACUUGUCAUACCCCUUGAUUAUAUGUAUUGUAUGAAGCGCUGCGUAAAUAAAAGAUAAUCCUUAAUUUUAACGGUACAUAA